AUCAGUCUCUCAUCAGCUCAUCUGUCAUUUUAUUACUGAACCAGUUCUGAAGAGUUUGUCUUCAUAUUUGUGAACUCAAACCAUUGAGGAUGUUUGACAGAUUUUUGUUCUUUUUGUGUUUGUGGCAUCUUGUUGAAGUGGAUGAUGUGUCAGUGAAGAAGGGAGAUUCUGUCACUCUACACAAUGAGCUUGCAAAAGUUAUGUAUAUUAAAUUGAUUCGGUGGAGUUUUGAACGUAGACAUGUAAUAGCUGAGAUCAAUGUAACGGCUGACAGAUUCUCUGUAUAUGAUGAUGUUCCCGACGGGAUAUUCAGAGACAGACUGAAGCUGGACAAUCAAACUGGAUCUCUGACCAUCACAAACAUCACAACUGAACACGCUGGAGAUUAUGAACUAUUGAUGAAUGGUUUAUCUAAGGUUUUCCAUCUCAGUGUCUAUGAAGAAAUAUCAGUGAAGAAGGGAGAUUCAAUCACUCUGAACUCUGAUCUUACUGAAAUAAUGGAUUAUUAUUGGAUUCGGUGGAUGUAUAUGAUUGAAGACAGUUUAAUAGCUGAAAUCAAUAAACAGACUGGCAGCACGACUGUAAAUGAUGAUGUUCUUGACGGGAGAUUCAGAGACAGACUGAAGCUGGACAAACAAACUGGAUCUCUGACCAUCACAAACGUCUCAACUGAACAUGCUGGACGUUAUUUUCUACAGACCAAUAUUAUGAGCAAGAGUUUCAAUCUCACUGUUUGUGGACAGAAGUCAGUGUCAGUGAUACAGGGAGAGUCAGUCUCUCUAAACUCUGGUCGUACUGAAAUAAUGGACGAUGAUGUGAUUCAGUGGAGGUUUGGAAGUGAAAACACUUUAAUAGCUGAAAUCAAUAAACAGACUGGCAGCACGACUGUAAAUGAUGAUGUACUUGACGGGAGAUUCAGAGACAGACUGAAGCUGGACGAUCAAACUGGAUCUCUGACCAUCACAAACACCAGAACCACAGACUCUGAUGAUUAUCGACUACAGAGCAAAUUAAUGGAGAUGCUUUUCCGUCUCAGUGUCUAUGAUGAAAUUACAUCAGUGUCAGUGAACGAGGGAGAUUCAGUCACUCUAGACUCUGAUCUUACUGGAAUAGAUUAUGAUGAUCUGAUUCAGUGCAUGUUUGGAAAUGAAAACACUUUAAUAGCUGAAAUCGUUAAACAGACCGACAGAUUCUCUCUAUAUGAUGAUGUUCUUGACGGGAGAUUCAGAGACAGACUGAAGCUGGACGAUCAAACUGGAUCUCUGACCAUCACAAACAUCACAACUGAACAUACUGGACGUUAUCUACUAAAGACCCACAGUGUGAUCAAAUGUUUCAGUCUCACUAUCUACGCUCGUCUGUCUGUUCCUGUCAUCAGCAGUAACUCUUCACAAUGUUCUUCAUCAUCCUCCUCAUCCUCAGAGCAGAAUUGUUCAUUGGUGUGUUCAGUGGUGAAUGUGAGUCAUGUGACUCUCUCCUGGUACAAAGGAAACAGUUUAUUGUCCAGCAUCAGUGUGUCUGAUCUCAGCAUCAGUCUCUCUCUACCUCUGGAGGUGGAAUAUCAGGAUAAAAACAGCUACAGCUGUGUGCUCAACAAUCCCAUCAGCAACCAGACUCAACAUCUGGACAUCACUCAGCUCUGUCACACAUGUGCAGACUCUGUCCACUGCUGUGGUUCUACUCAAGCUGUGAUCCGAUUGGUCCUCUCUGCUCUGGUGGGCGUGGCUACUGUCAUUCUUCUGGUCUAUGACAUCAGAUCCAGAAGAGCUGAAUAAGAUCAAGCACAGAUUCACACAUCAGGUGCAUGACUGAUGAUGCAAUUUCUCAAAAAAUAUUGAAAAAAAACAUACUCUCUUUCAGUGUAUUUUUUUUUUUUAAAUCCAAUUUGAAAAGCUUUUUUGUUUAUAUUUCACUCAUUUGAGACACACAGAACUCUCUUUAUUACUUCUAUAUAUUUGUCAUCUGUAUUUGGUUGCCUUUAUCAAUAAAGUUAUUAUUCAUUCUGAGCUUCAAGAAUCUCUCUAUGUUUUAUUAUAUUUAUUAUGUUGAG